GAUCAAAGUAAGCUUUUUUUUUUUAAAAAAAAAAAAUUCUGUUAAUUCUUUUCAUAAUGACUUUAAAAGAAAAAGCUUGUCUUAUUUGUCUUGAUGGCUGGGGUAUUUCUCUUAAAGAAGACUCUACUGGAGAUGCAAUUCGUAAUGCUGAAACACCAGUUAUGGAUAAGCUCAAAAGAGAAUAUCCAUAUACUACUUUAGAAGCUCAUGGUCUCGCAGUUGGUUUGCCUGAGGGACUUAUGGGUAAUUCUGAAGUUGGUCAUUUGAAUAUUGGUGCCGGGCGCGUUGUAUAUCAAGAUAUUGUAAGAAUUGACUUGGCCGUAAAGAAUAAGAAAUUCAACGAGGUUGAUAAUAUCGUAAAAUGUUUCGACCGAGCUAAGGAGACUAAUGGAAGAAUACAUUUCCUUGGAUUGGUUUCAGAUGGAGGAGUGCACAGCCAUAUCAAUCACCUAAUUCAUCUUUUGGAAACUGCAAAGAAUCAUGGUAUUCCAAAAGCAUAUGUACAUUUCUUUGGUGAUGGUCGCGAUACCAAUCCUCGUUCUUCGGAUAAAUAUCUUGAACAACUCCAGAAAGCCAUAGAUGAUCUUAAUUACGGAAAAAUAGCUACUAUUAUUGGAAGAUAUUAUGCUAUGGAUAGAGACAAAAGAUGGGAAAGAAUCAAGAUUGCUUUUGAAGCUUUAACGAAAGGUGUCGGUGAAAAAUCCGAAGAUCCUCUAAGUACAAUCCGUGAACGUUUUUCAAAAGAUGAAACGGAUGAAUUCUUGAAACCUAUCAUAGUAGAUGAGGAGGGUAUAAUUAAAGAAAAUGAUACUCUCUUCUUUUUCGAUUUUCGUGCUGAUCGAAUGCGUCAAAUCGUUCAAACAUUUGGUGUUCCACCACCUCCAUUUGAAGCCAAAAUUCCCGAAAACUUACAUAUUACAUGUAUGACAAGAUACAAGUCUGAAUUUCCAUUCCCUUUAGCUUUUCCUCCACAAUCAAUGGAAAACGUUUUAUCUGAAUGGUUCGCAAAACAUAAGAUUUCUCAAUGUCAUGUCGCAGAAACGGAAAAGUUUGCACACGUUACAUUCUUUUUCAAUGGAGGUGUAGAAGAACCAUUUGAUCUUGAAGUUCGUGAUUUGAUUGAUUCCCCAAAAGUAGCCACAUAUGAUCUUAAGCCAGAAAUGUCUGCUAUUGAAGUAGCAGAAAAAGUGGCUGAGGAAAUAAGAAGUGGCAAAUUUCCGUUUGUAAUGAAUAACUUUGCUAAUCCUGAUAUGGUUGGACAUACAGGAAAAUAUGAUGCUGCUACCAAAGCCAUAGAAGUUACAGAUAAAGCUAUCGGAAUAAUUUAUGAAGCAUGUAAAGCAAAUGGAUAUAUUUUAUUCAUUACUUCUGAUCAUGGAAAUGCUGAACAAAUGCAGGAUGAAGAAGGAAACCCUCAUACUGCUCAUACCUGCAAUCCUGUUCCUUUCAUACUUGCAUCAAAUAAAUAUUCAUUUGCGGAAUCGACUAAAGGUGCACUCUGUGAUGUUGCCCCUACUAUUUUAGAUGUUAUAGGUUUGGAAACUCCAAAAGAGAUGACUGGACUUUCUUUAUUAAAAAAGUGAUUCCGGCUAAAAUAUUAUUACAAUAGAUAGGAUAGAUAGAGAGAUUAUUAUUUAUCUAAUUUAUUUAUUUAUUUUUUUUGGAUUAUUCACUAAAUUUGGUUUCUACUCUUUUUAAUAAAUUACUUAAAGUUAUGUAUCCAAAUCCAAAACGUACUUUA